AACUAAGACGGAGCUCUCUUUUAAGAAGUGAAGUCGAAUGAAUGCAAAGGAUAUUUAGGUGCUACUUUUGUUUGACAUUUUCAUAUUAAGAGCUUUGCCAAUAUAACAUCCUUCAUAAUAAUUAUGCGUUCUUAUUAUCGAAAACAUGGCAUUGCCUGCUUUCUAAAAUCUCUUCCCAUUUUCAUGUUAAAGCGGAUACGACUUGUAUUGCACUUUGAACUCUGACAUUGCUGCACUAUCAUAUUAACAAGCGAUAAACACAAACGCAUUACACACAACCACAGUGCUAACUUACACUGCACAGUAGAAAUGACUUCCAUUGAAAUACUCACAAAGGAUAUUGAAAACAUCAGGGACCUGGGGAAAAGAUGGGGUAUGAACGAUGCACAGAUACGAAAGUGCCUCUUGGAAGCAGUUGGAGUUAAAGAUGAUGGGGAAAUUACAGUAAAACCAACGUUAAGACAUGGAAUAUUUCAGGCAAUGUUGACGAGCAUCCUAGUGUUGUUUAUUCUUUUUGUGGGACUCUACUUCCUGGUUCAGGUACACGAGCCAACAGAACACUUCAUAGGGAAAAACCUACAGCAUCUCAACUAUGACAUAUUUCGAAUCAUUAGGCUGGCUGGACUUCCUUUCUUGCACAGGUUUCGAUCAAUGGAAGCUUACUAUGAAGAAUCGUGCAUUGUCAACAACCCAUAUUUUGAGGGAAACCGACCAGACUGCGAAUCCUGUAAACACGAGAGACGAAUCGCAAUUACUGAAAAUAUAACAUCCUCAAAAUUUGAUCUACACUAUGCAUCUUCAACUAAAAUCCUCAAAAUUAAGAAUGCUUUAAAAAAGAAAGUCUCAUUUGAAGAUUUAAAGGCUUCCUAUGAUGAGAACAAAGCAACAUACCAUGCUACAGCAGGAUUCGUAUCAAGUAACCCUGAUGUUCAAUCCAUGGAUGAACUGUUUAAACAGGAAGACUCCACUCUUCAAAACAUACAUAUAGAAGGCAAUUAUAGGAAGGUUAGCACGGCUAAAGCGUUGAGACAACUGUUCCCACGUCCUGAUUUUAUACCCGCUGAUGUGGAGGUGUCAUUGGACAAAGCAAUAUUUAUAGAUGGACCAAAAUCACCACUUUAUACAUUGAUAACAGGUACACCUCAUUUCCAAAAUAUUUGGUAUGCCCAAGGGAGUGGCAGUAGGUUACUGAGAUUCCGACCGUACGAGCAUUGCCUCUCAGAAUGCAGCAUAAUGGAGCACAUCGUUGAGGAAGGAGACAUAGUGUAUUGGAAUGACGUAUUCUGGAAGGUCGAUUCACUACCAGUACAUGGGGAGUACAAAACAACCAUCUCAUUCAUAGCUAACUUUUCCUGAGGACAAUAUAACUUGCAGAGUAAAUCAUCAAUGUUUAUGGAAAUAUUUUAAACUCUACAAUGAUACGAUGAAAAAAAACACGAUAAAUAGUUAUAAAUUAUAUAUUUUACAUAUAUAUUUUACAAGAUUUAUAAUAAAUAAUAAAUAAAAGAUAAUAACAAAAUCUGAAUCGAUAUCCUGAUUAUUCUAUUCCUCUAUUGUCAAUUGGUAGUUUUGCUAGUGUCAAUGCAUGUGAUAUGCAGUCCAAAAGAAAUCUGCAUGAUUCUUGAGACCACCGAAUACUUGGUGGAAGUAUAUAUUGAAUAUAUAUACACAUAUUACAUAUUCAAAACCAUUUUCACUCUAUCAUGGAUUAUGUGCCAAUGGAUGUGCUUGUUUUUUCGAUAGAGAACUUGACGUAUCAUCAUCUGACAUUGAAUCAGUAUACACCAGAAGAUUACAAAGAUUACUUCAAAUAUUUACACAAAACGCAUAAUUCAUGUACUAAUGGGAACUGAGAUGCACAAAUUUCCGUCAACAUAAAAGAAUAGAAAUAUUUGCUUAUCAUAUGGGUGUCAUCUCUAUAACCAUCUCUAUUUUAUAUGAUAAUACAAGUUAAUUCUCGUAAUAAUAUAAUCUUUAUAGAUACACAUUUAGUGGAUGAACAUUUAUUUGGACUAUGUAGAUGCCCUCAUUGUUUUUCAAGGGACCUUAUUACAA